AUGCAAAAACUUUGGCAGCACAAAGUAGAUUGGGAUCAAAUUGCUCCUUCACCAAUAAUUUCAGAGUUUAUUCAUUUACAAAAGGAAUUACCUAUUUUGGCUACAAUUAAAAUUCCUAGACAAAUAACAGUUCCCAAAGCCAAUGUUAUUGAAAUUCACACUUUCAGCGAUGCAUCUACUAUCGCGUAUGGUGCGUGUUCAUACCUACGAACUGUAGAUAACUCCGGACAAUGUUCUGUACGUUUAAUUUGUGCUAAAUCAAGAGUAGCACCUUUAAAGGCUGUCACGUUGCCACGCUUGGAGCUAAACGCAGCUUUAUUAGCAACGAAUCUGACAGCUAAGCUCAUGGAGGCUUUUACUUGUCGUAUAUCUAACAUUUUUUAUUAUACUGAUUCGACCAUCGUUUUAUCGUGGUUAAAUACGGAACCCGCACUUUUAAAAACAUUUGUAGCAAACCGCGUAGCGGAUAUACAAAGAAAAUUCAAAAUCGAAAAUUGGCAACAUGUAAAAUCCGAACAUAACGCGGCUGACAUCAUCUCGAGGGGAUCACUACCCAGUCAUCUGCUCGAAUGCGACAUGUGGUGGAACGGGCCAUUCUUUCUAAGCAAUCCUAAUCAACCGGUCACGAAUAAUAAUUUUUUACCACUCAAUGAAUUACCAGAGGUAAAAAAUUCCGCGUUAACACACAAUGUAAUUAUAGCUGAUAGUACGAUAUUCGAGAGAUAUUCUAAUUUCGACAAAUUAAACAGAGUCAUAGCGUGGAUUUUACGAUUUAAAGGUAACACAUUACGUGCAAAACAUGAUAGAAUAUACGGUACAAAACUCACAGUGCACGAAUUAAAACUGGCAAAACAAAGUAUUAUAAGGGCAACGCAAUCAGUGCAUUUUGCGGAAGAAAUAAAAUGUUUAUUUAAAAAUAAACCGCUAAACGCUCAUUCAAAAUUGUUAACUUUAAACCCAUUUUUAGAUAGCGAUCAUUUAUUGCGGGUAGGGGGGAGAAUUGUCAAUUCAAACUUUUCAUUUGAUAAAAAAUUCCCUUACGUCCUACCUCAUAAUGGUCACGUCACGCGCCUCCUAAUCGAAAGAGAGCAUACAUUAUUAUUACACGCUGAUGCUCAAGCAACUUUGGCCUCUUUCAGAAACAACUUUGGCCAUUGCGGGGUAAACAAAUUGUCAAAAAGAUUUUGCAUCAAUGUAUAA